AUGCCUUCUUCAUUUGCUUCAACAGGCACAAAUACUGAAAUUGAGAGUCUAAAAGACGUUUUAGGUAACGAAGAAGUUCGCUACGUCCAUAAAGGAUAUGGAUUAAUAACUGCAGCCUUUCUCGUCUGUUUUUAUUUUUUCAUUUUCCCACAACUUGUAUUUUCUUUAUAUAUCAGGCUGCCUUAUGAAAAUAAAGAAUUCAUGUAUACAUUUGGACUUAUCUUUAUACAUCUGGCAGUUUUCUUUGUGGCGAAUAUUGGAAUAUAUUUGAUAUAUCACUCUGAAAUGCCAUUUUUUGAACGCUAUAAAAUUACAAGUGAGCCAUGGCCAUGGAUAAAGGAUCCUGAAGGAUUUAAAGAAAUCAGGAAAAAUACUAUUAAAACUGUAGCGCUGAAUCAGCUUGUUAUGUAUCCUUUGGUUGUGGUUGUUUCAGGGUAUAUAGGCAAUGUUAACUUUGAAGUCAGCCCAAGUUUGUUCCCUUCUUGGAAAGAAUUAAUUCCUCAGAUUGUGUUUUUUAUGGUCAUAGAAGAUACUUUCUUUUAUUGGUCUCAUAGGCUUUUACAUACACCACUGUUUUAUUCUCUUAUACAUAAGCAGCAUCAUGAAUAUACUAAUACAAUAGGAAUUGCUUCAGAAUACUCCAGUCCUAUUGAUUUUGUACUUACCAGUGUAUUGACAUCAGCCAUUGGUCCUUUACUAUUAAAAGAUUGCCACAUCGCUACACUCUAUAUACACAAAUAAAAUGGCGACGACACCGACCUGUCCUCUCCCGGAACUGAGGCGAGAUUGGGGACCUUGCUGCGGCCUGAAGCCAAUCCGCCCAGGGAAAGGUCUGGAAUGGGUACUGGUAGUUUGUGUCCGGCUAGGUUUCCCUCCCAGUCCAGCAACGACGAUCCUAGGGUCGUCCCGAUAGGGCACGGGGCAAAAAGGGUUUUUCCUCUAGGGACCACUAGUGCCAAUUUGGAGGGCAUGGCAGGAGCCGACAAGAGCUAAGGAGUUAAUCCCUAGCUCUAACCCUAGUCUGGGACGUGAAGCACGGUGACCCAGUUCGCCUACUUCCGGGAUAGCAUGACUAAGCCCCAUGACCGGAAGGAGCUGAGUGGUAGCCUGUGUCACUUAGGUGCACACUGGGAGCAGGACAAGGAAAGCAAGCGAGGCGUCCAAAAGGCGGAAGAAAAGGACCUUCGGUCCUGGCCGGGAGCUACUCUAUAAAUUUAACUAAGACUAAGACUAAGACGCUACACUCUAUAUGUGAACAGUCUUGCGGAUUCUUGAAACAGUUGAUGGCCAUUGUGGGUAUGAUUUUUCAUGGAGUCCUUUUAGAUUGCUUCCUUUUUCUGGAGGUGCAAACUAUCAUAACUUCCAUCACUCGCAUAAUGUUUCAAAUUAUGGGUCUUUUUUUACUUAUUGGGAUACUAUUUGCAAAACCAACUUGCAUUAUUGGAGGUAUCUCUCAAAGCAAGAAAAGUGCAAUUAA